GAGGCCGGCGGGCAGGCGGUCUCAGCGUCGCCCCUCCAUCCGCCCAUCCUCUCGUCCCCGCAAGUGCUCGCGCGCCAGGGCGCCGGACAGCGGAGAGCGGGCGGGGCGUCCCGGCGGGGCUGGGGGGCUCGUCCGCGUUUAUUAUAGCUUCACUCCCUUUAAAAGGAAAAGUAUGCCCGGAAUCCGGGGAGGUGGCGAGCGAAGCCGAGCGGGGAGGACGUGACCCGCAGGCCAAGCUUGGGUGUCCCCAGAGCUGGGGCGCGCUGGUGGCGGGGCUCAUCCCCCCACGCGGACCCCACCCCUGCUCCCUACCCCCCCACUCGCGGCUGGGAACCCCCCUGCCCUCCACCUUGACCGCCCCCUCGCGGACUGGGCUGGGCGGCGGGCGGAGCCGUUCUUGGCCUUUUUUGGGCGUCUCCCUGCUCCGCGCCCCCGAUCUGCUGCCGGGCGCCGCUGCGUCAGGGAGUACGGAGGCGACCCGACCCCGGUUCAGCGCACGGCCACCAUGACGGGAAGCAACAUGUCCAACGCCUUGGCCAAUGCAGUGUGCCAGCGCUGCCAGGCGCGCUUCGCUCCCGCUGAGCGCAUCGUCAACAGCAACGGAGAGCUGUACCAUGAGCACUGCUUCGUGUGCGCCCAGUGCUUCCGGCCGUUCCCCGAGGGGCUCUUCUACGAGUUUGAAGGCCGGAAGUACUGCGAACAUGACUUCCAAAUGCUGUUUGCUCCGUGCUGCGGAUCCUGCGGCGAGUUCAUCAUCGGCCGUGUCAUCAAGGCCAUGAAUAACAGCUGGCACCCGGGGUGCUUCCGCUGUGAGCUGUGUGACGUGGAGCUGGCUGACCUGGGCUUUGUGAAGAACGCGGGCAGGCACCUGUGCCGGCCUUGCCACAACCGUGAGAAGGCCAAGGGCCUGGGCAAGUACAUCUGUCAGCGGUGCCACCUGGUCAUCGACGAGCAGCCCCUCAUGUUCAGGAAUGAUGCGUACCACCCGGACCACUUCAGCUGCACCCACUGUGGGAAAGAGCUGACUGCUGAGGCCCGUGAGCUGAAGGGUGAGCUCUACUGCCUGCCCUGCCAUGACAAGAUGGGCGUCCCCAUCUGUGGGGCCUGCCGCCGGCCCAUCGAGGGUCGUGUGGUCAAUGCGCUGGGCAAGCAGUGGCAUGUGGAGCACUUUGUCUGCGCCAAGUGUGAGAAGCCGUUCCUGGGUCACCGGCACUACGAGAAGAAGGGCCUGGCUUACUGUGAGACCCACUACAACCAGCUCUUUGGGGACGUCUGCUACAACUGCGGUCGUGUGAUUGAGGGCGAUGUGGUGUCAGCCCUCAACAAGGCCUGGUGUGUGAACUGCUUCUCCUGUUCCACCUGCAAUGGCAAGCUCACCCUGAAGAACAAGUUUGUGGAGUUCGACAUGAAGCCUGUGUGUAAGAGAUGCUACGAGAAGUUCCCGCUGGAACUGAAGAAGCGGCUGAAGAAGCUGUCAGAGCUGGCCGCCCGCAAGGCACACCCCAAGUCUGUGGGCCUCAACUCUGCCUGAAAGGCCCCUGCCUGCCUCCCGCCUCUCCCUUCCUGCUGGUCUCCCUGCUCCUCGUGCCCCUUCUGUCCGCUGCCUCGGCUCUGCAUCUGACUCCUCCAUCUGUCGCCUCUCCCCAUCUCCUCCCUCCCUCCCUCCCUCUCUUCUCCUCAUCUCUCUGCUCAGCAGUCGUCCGUCCCCUCUUCUCUCACCCCUGCCUCCUCCCGACAUGCCUCUUCUCUCCCUGGCCUUGGGCUCCUCCCCUUCCUUCUGUGCAGACCCUGGGCAUAGGCGGAGGCCCUGGAGGUGGUCAGCCUGUGAUGGGCCUGUGCCCACAAGCUUCAGCCUGAGGUCCUCCAGGGACAGGAGUGAAUCAGUGCCUGGGGCCACCCGGCCCCAGCCUGUCGUGACCUCUCCCAUCCCUGUAGGGGGCCUGGUGGCUCACUUUCUCCUGUGGGAGCUUGGCCAGCCUCCACCCUAGCGUGGCCCCACUGUGCGCACAUGGCCCUGGGACCAGGGCCACGAGAAUGGGGGCCUCUGGCGAACUGCCCUGCCACCCUUCGGCCACACACUCACUGAACCAAGUAGGAUCCCUGUGCCCAAACUGGGCCAGCAAGCCCUGCCAGCUGUACCCCACGAAUCAGCAGGAGGGCCAAGGGCCCCACUCCCCCAUCACCCAGGAGGCCUCCUUCCUGAAAUCCUGCCUUGGCCACUCCACUGUGCUUCCUCCAGGCUCCUCUGUGGCCCCCACAGCCCCUCCAACUCCACCCCCCCAGGGUACAUGCUGACUCUCUGGGUGCGGCUGGGGGUCAGGAGGUGGUGGGACCAGCUGGGUGGCUCAUUCCUACCCUCCAGAGACGACACUUCCUCUGUGGCCAGCACAGGACCUGGCAUUGUGACUCACACUUGCACAAUGAAUGAAGGCUUAUGUACACAC